CGUCUGUUCCGGGUGGUGUCCAAAGCCCACCGAGACCUUCUGGAGGUAAAUCUGCAGAAUGGCAUUUUGUUUGUGAAUUCUCGGAUCGACCGGGAGGAGCUUUGCGGGAGGAAUACCGAGUGUAGCAUCCACCUGGAGGUGAUCGUGGACAGGCCGCUGAAGGUUUUCCACGUGGAGGUGGAGGUGAAAGACAUUAAUGAUAACCCGCCGGUGUUCAGAGAAGUGGAACAAAAGGUACUUAUCUCUGAAUCUGCACCUCUGGAUUCUCAUUUUCCUCUAGAGGGCGCUUCCGAUGCGGAUAUAGGCGUAAACUCUCUUCUGACCUAUAGGUUAGGUCUAAAUGAGUAUUUUACUCUUAACAUAAUAACAAAAAACGAUAAAAGUAUAUUGCCUGAACUAGUUCUACGGAAGUCAUUGGAUAGAGAGGAAACGCCAGAACUUAAUAUAUUGCUGACCUCCAAGGAUGGCGGUAAACCCGAGCUAACAGGAUCUGUUCAGAUUAGAAUAAACAUCCUGGAUGUGAAUGACAACGCUCCAGAGUUUGAUAAGCCUGUCUAUAGAGUAGUGCUGUUUGAAAAUGUUCCAAACGGCACUAGAGUGGUUCAGUUAAAUGCCUCUGAUCUAGACGACGGGGUGAAUAGAGAAAUUUCCUAUGCAAUUAGACUGAUUUUGCCAGUGAGUGAGAAAUGCAUGUUUUCAAUAAAUCCAGAAACAGGUGAAAUCAGAACUUAUGGGAAAUUGGAUUUCGAAGAGAAUAAUGAGUAUGAAAUUCAGGUUAACGCCAUUGAUAAAGGGAUUCCUUCCAUGGCAGGUCACUGCACGGUCCUAGUGGAAGUUAUGGACCUGAAUGACAAUACCCCUGAGGUAAUGAUCACUUCACUGUCUCUCCCGGUGAGAGAGGAUGUUCAGGUGGACACUGUCAUUGCCUUGAUCAGCGUGUCCGACCGUGACUCUGGCGCCAACGGGCAGGUGGCCUGCUCACUAACACCCCAUGUUCCCUUCAAGCUCGUGUCCACCUUCAAGAACUAC